AUGACCCCGCAGCAGCUAGAGGACCUAACCUGGGAACAGUUCAAGACAGGAAUCUAUGACAAGUACAUCCCUAAGAGCUAUAAAAAGCAAAAAGAAACAGAGUUUUACAACUUGAAACAGGGACGAAUGUCAGUGACAGAAUAUGAUCGCGCCUUCUUUGACCUGUCCAGGUACGGAGCUGAUCAAGUGGAUACGGAUGAAAAGAUGUCCGAGAAAUUUUGUACGGGCUUGAGGCACGAAAUAAGAGUAGCAUUGGCUAGCCGUGGCGGAAUACCAUAUACCGAAGCUCUAAAACUGGCCUUAGACAUUGAAGCUGCAUUGCCUAAGGAAAGACCUGCACCAAACCCUACAAAUAUGUCACUGCAGACCUCGUCCCAAGCCCCAAGGGACAAAAGGAAGUGGGAAGGAAACCAGAACCAGUGGGGACAAAAGAAGCCAUGGCAUGGACCACCCCGCCCACAAAACUUUGCAAGGCAGCCUAUCUUUAAACCGACAGGAAUCACUCAACCAAGGCCCAAUCUUUGUCCCAAAUGUAACAAGCCCCACAGCGGAAUCUGCAGGGCCGGAGAAAUGAUUUGUUUUACUUGUGGAAGGUAUGGCCAUAUCGCCAGGAACUGUCAAAAUGGACCCCAGAGAAGGAGUGCACCAACUAACCAGCCAGCACAACGUCAACACUUGCGAGCUCUACAUGCAGACACCCAGAACCACCAGACCCCGCAUCCACAACGACCGAGCCUCUCAACUCAAGCUAGGGCAUAUGCAUUGGGACGAAACCAACAGAACAACAACCAUGGGAAUUUGGCAGGUAUGGGCACUCUAUUGAACGUACCUAUUGUCCUUUUGUUUGAUACUGGUGCCUCGCACUCCUUCAUAUCAACCUCGUGUGUAAGCACUUUAGAACUCACACCAGAACCAGCCGAACCUAGAGUAACGGUGUCUUCACCAGUAGGAGGAGUUAUAGAAAUCACACAAAAGUGCUCGAACCUAGAAAUCACGCUCGGAGAACGUAAGGGAUGGAAUGGUUGGCCAAGAACCACGCCACCAUCAAGUGCAGUGAAAGACAUAUUUCCUUUCAAACUCCGGGAGAAGGGCAAGUUGAGCUCCAUGGAAUCACUAUGA